AUGCUGAAAUCAAUUGCAGUAUUUGGAGGAAACGGAUUCGUCGGUCAUAAGAUUUGUGAAAUAGGAGUACUUAGAGGAUAUAAUGUAACAUCAUUUUCAAGAACUGGAGAUCCCCCUCAAAAUAUAAUUCAUCAACCUUGGAUUAAAAAAGUUGAAUGGGAAAGGGCCGAUAUUUUUAAUCUGGAUUCUUAUGUAAAUAAAUUAAAAGAUUUUAAUACAAUUGUAUAUUCAAUUGGGAUCUUAUUUGAGAAUCAAUCUUAUAAGAAAACUAUGAAUACCAAUUUUAAUUUCUUAAAUGAUAUUCAACAUUUAGCAAAUUCAAUCAAUGGAGCUAAUCCAAUGAAAAAGGAUGGAAAUAGUACUUAUGAAGCCAUUCAAAGAGAUGCCGCGGUAUUAUUGGCCGACAAGUUUGUUCAAGAGAAACCAGACCCUCCAAGAAACUUUGUAUAUAUUUCGGCAGAUCUGUGUCCACCAUUAGUACCAUCAGGUUAUUUGUCAACCAAAAGGGAAGCUGAAUUUGAAUUGAGUUGUAAAGAAGGACUUAGGGGGAUAUUUAUGAGACCGGGGAUAAUGUAUGAUGAAACUCAUGAAGGUGCAUUAACUACUAGAGAUGUAUUUUUACGAGCUUUAAAACUUGGAAUUGCCACCAAAGAAACUGUAUUAGGGAAGAAAUUUGCAGCAGAAUUGGUAAGGCCAGUUAUGUCAACGGAACAGGUUGCCAAAACUUUAUUUGAUAAAUUAGAAGAACCAGAUUUCAAAGGGCCAGUCUCUGCUGAAGAGAUCUUAAAAAGGUAG